CCUCGAUAUAGUGAAACUGGCUCUCUCUCGCCCAUGGACUAGCUAACACACAUCGUGUUAGUGAACCACGUAAAUCGUGUGUCCUGUUUUCGAUUCUCGCUUACGUAUUCUUGCUUUGUCGAUUCCGGAAAUUUCCCGAUCCAUAGCAACGUGUUUAUAACAAGUGGUAUCAGAUCCUGGUUGGAAAUCAUGCUAGGGUUUUCGAUUCAGAAGAAUGACGCGGUGAACAUGAAGAUCGAAAAGUUCACGGGGAAGAAUAGCUUCACUAUAUGGCAGAUCAAGAUGCAGGCUUUAUUAAAACAACAAGGGUUGUGGGGACCACUGUAUGCGAAACAGAUGAAGGCAGCGGUCGAUGACGAUGAGUGGAAUACCCUGGAGGAGAAGGCCCACCCGACCAUCAUGCUAUCGUUGUCUGAUGACGCCAUCAUUGAAGUCUCUGCUAAGAAGACUGCCGCGGGCUUGUGGUUGAAACUGGAGAGUUUGUAUAUGACAAAGUCUCUAACCAACAAGCUGCAUCUCAAGCAACGGUUGUUCAGCUUGAGGAUGCAAGAAGGUACGCCUUUGAGGGAACAUCUCGAACAACUUAACUCUAUUUUGCUGGAUCUGCGUAAUAUAGAUGUUCAAGUUGAUGACGAGGAUGUUGCCCUAAUCCUGCUGGUUUCUUUGCCGAGUUCAUAUGAGAAUUUCAUUGAUUCUUUUAUUGCAAGUAAAGAAAGCGUGUCAUUGGAGGAUGUCAGGUCGGCUCUUCAUACGAGAGAUAUCAGGCAUAAGGCAUCCGGAUCUGGUACAGGUGGUGAGCCAUCGGGUUUGGCUGUUAUAGGUGGAAAGGGAAAGAAGAAAUUUGGUAAAGGGAAUUCGAACAAGAAUUCCAAGGAUCCCGAUCCACAUGCAGGUGAUGCUUGUCACAACUGUAAGGAAGUGGGGCAUUGGAAGUACAACUGUCCCAGGAGAAAAGGGCAACAAAAGAAACAAGGUUUAGUUGUCGUGGCAGAAGUGGAUAACAGUUCUGAAGAAGAUUUCGCCUUCGCUGUUGAUGAGAAGGCACAUCGUGGGGAUGUGUGGUUUCUGGAUACUGCAGCCUCAUACCAUAUGUCUCCGAACAGGGAUUGCUUCACAACCUACGAGCAGAUAGAUGGUAGUAACGUGGUCAUGGAAAAUGGAGCUGUCUUCAAGGUUGUUGGAAUUGGGUCCAUAAAGGUUCGGGCACAUGAUGGUUCGUUCUGUACCUUGAAUGAUGUCAGGCAUGUUCCACGAAUGACAAAGAACCUGAUCUUCUUGAGUCUACUAGACAGCAAGGGUUUCAACUUCAAAGGAAAAGGUGGAGUUGUGUAUGUAUGCAAAGGUUCAAGGAAGGUGCUGAAGGGCGUGAAGCAUGAGACCUUGUAUGCAUUACAAGGGUCUGUGUUGUCUGGUUCUGCUGUAGUUGCAUCGUCUCAAGUUCAUCAGGAAGAUAUGACCACUCUCUAGCACAUGAGACUGGGGCAUAUGAGUGAACGAGGGAUGCAAGUUCUGUCAAAAAGGGAUCUUCUUUGCGGGCACAAGGUGCAGACUUUGGAAUUCUGCGAGCAUUGUGUGUUUGGGAAGCUACAUCUUAGCAAAGUUUCCCAAGAAGGGUAUCCACCGGACGAAGGGGAUACUAGAUGACCUCCACUACGACUGUUGGGGUCCUUCACGAGUUGAAUCCAUUGGAGGCUGCUUUUAUUUUCUGUCUAUUAUUGAUGAUUAUUCGAUAUUUACUUGGAUUUUCAUGAUGAAGCAGAAAAGUGAGGCUUUCACGAAGUUCAAGCAGUGGAAGACAUUGGUGGAGAAUCAGACCAGAAAGAAGGUCAAGAAGUUGUGAACGAACAAUGGUCUGGAGUUUUGUAAUUCUGAGUUCAAUGAAUUUUGCAAGGAUAA